AGAAAACAGAGAUACAUUCGGGAUCAAACCCAAAUAUUUACAGAAGGCUUGUUCAGUUGGAGUAGGAGAAGACAGUAUGUAGUUAUCAGAGAGAACCGGCAUAAAUGGCACAGCUCUUCUAAUAAAAUGGAGCCCGGCAUUGAACAUGCCUCAGCCCAGAGUCAAGCUGGUGGUGACCGGAGAUGAUUUUGGGUACUGUGCUCGGAGGAACCGGGGUAUCGCCGAGGCUUUCCUGGCUGGUGGCAUCUCCAACGCGUCUGUGCUCGUGAAUGGAGCUUCUGCGGAUCAUGCGGCCCAGCUAGCUAAGAGACACUGCAUUCCCAUUGGACUCCAUGCGAACUUGUCUGAAGGUGCUCCAGUGUGUCGGGAACUGAGGAGGUCCACACUCCUUAAUAAUGAUGGCUUCUUUCAUGGCAAGAUGGGUUUCCGUGAAGUUCUGCGGAGUGGAAAAAUGAGUAUGACUGAUGUGGAGGUGGAGCUUAGGGCCCAGGUGAAGCAUUUUUGCGAGCUCACUGGUCACCUGCCCAAUCACAUGGAUGGCCAUCAGCAUGUGCACGUGCUGCCCGAGGUGCGAGAAGUGUUUGCGCGGGUUCUCUCUGAUUUUGGCAUCCCUUACACACGGGUCCCAGUGGAGCUUGGUCUGCACUCCUGUCAUUUCCUGCCUCCGAGCCUCAGAGAAUUCUACCUGCAGGUUGAGAAAGACGCGCUCCAGUCUGUAGAAGUCUUCCAUCGCCAUGGUAUCAGAUGGCCAGAUGUGUACUUGGGCCUCAGCACGAUGGGACAGAACAUGUCCUUCUCCAACCUCAAAAGAGCCCUGACCUUUGCUCUGGAGGCACGGACAUCUAUCACCGCCCAAGCUGACGGCCUUUGCGCACCUGAAUCAUAUCGGCCAAUCACAGCAGAGCUCAUGGUACACCCUGGAUACCCGAGUUUUCCUCUGCAGGGCGGGUGUGGUGAAGGACCAGAUGACUUCUCUCAGUCGUCUGAUCGUCUGCAUGAGCUUAAAACACUCAGAGACCCGGUGCUGCUUAGUUACUAUCAACAGCAGGGAAUCCUGCUCUGUGCUUUUAACGACUUCUAAACAUUAAGGGCCGCUUAACCAGGUCCUCAGGUGCUGCACGUCUCAAUGGGAUUUCUAAAAGACAACACCUGACUUCACUAAUGAGCUUUUCUUCCAGUCCUCAUAGGAUAAAAUAAUUACCCAGUCAGGCGUCAAGCAGCUGUGAGUUUUUUUCGGAUCACAGUUCUCACCAGGUUUUAAACUGAUCCAGGAUCACCAAACCAUACACUGUGCCAGAGGUCGGGUUCAUGCUUCCAAUAACCGUUAUUAUAGUGUUUGUUAUUUGCCUUAUUUGAAGAAGUGCAAAACACUUCAAAGUGUGGGCUGCUUUCUCAAAUCUUAUAUUUAAAAUAUUGUACGUUGUUUUAACCAAAAGCAGAUGUUUCACAAUGUCUGAACUGUGCAAUAGUGUUGCAUAUGAAGUUUUUAGUGUCUGACUGAGCAUGUGACAGUGAUUAUAUCUUAAGAUUAUAUAGAUAUAUAGAUAUAUAUAUAUAUAUAAUGUAUAUUUUUCUUACAUCCGCUGUAACAAAUGUAUGGUAUUUUUAUGGCAUUACUUGAAUUAAAACCAUAACCAUUUUAUUCCAUAUGAACAUUC